UGACUUUUGAGGGGGUAAUGGAGAGCAAGAACACAUGACCGGUUUGAGAUUUAGAGCAGGAACAUGAGUGGUUCCUACACAAUGGGUUUCUAUUUAAUGACUGUCAGAGCUGCGUCAUAGUAGCAGUAGUAGUAGUAGUAGUUUUAUGGCAGAUACCAUUAGAUAUUUUUAUAGUAAAAAAUUCAUCAAAACUAAUGCUAGCAAGUUCCAAAGCAGUGCCACGGGUACUCUAGAACAAGCUCCACGUUUACUGACGGAGAACAUGGUUAAGCUGGCUUCAUUUGGUUUCCAGUGAAAGGGUGAUGUAAUAUGGUGUUUUUGUUCGGCUAAGGUGUUUACCCGUCUUCACCUGCUCCUCAGCUGCAAAGCCAACAGUUUCUAGACCAAGCUGUGACACAAUGACAUCGAGGAAGAAAGUUCUACUGAAAGUGAUCAUCCUCGGAGACUCAGGAGUGGGGAAGACUUCUCUGAUGAACCAGUAUGUGAACAAGAAGUUUAGCAAUCAGUACAAAGCCACAAUAGGAGCCGAUUUCCUGACGAAAGAGGUGAUGGUGGACGACCGGCUCGUCACAAUGCAGAUUUGGGACACGGCGGGUCAGGAGCGUUUUCAGUCUCUGGGCGUGGCGUUCUAUCGUGGCGCCGACUGCUGUGUGCUUGUCUUUGACGUGACAGCGCCCAACACCUUCAAGACGCUGGACAGCUGGAGGGACGAGUUCCUGAUCCAGGCCAGCCCGCGUGACCCAGAAAACUUUCCCUUCGUGGUGCUUGGCAACAAAAUCGACCUGGAGAAUAGGCAGGUAACCACCAAGAGGGCACAAGCCUGGUGCCAGAGCAAGAACAACAUCCCCUACUUUGAGACCAGCGCCAAAGAGGCCAUCAACGUAGAACAGGCUUUCCAGACUAUUGCACGCAACGCACUGAAACAGGAAACUGAAGUGGAGUUGUACAACGAGUUCCCAGAACCUAUCAAGCUGGACCGGAACGAGAGAGCCAAGCCCUCUGCAGAAACCUGCAGCUGCUGAAGACCUCCAGGGGGCGCUACUGACCACCCUUACCCUCUCUGGCCUUGUUUCCUCCUCACCACCCUCUUUUUCCACAGUCCCUCUUUACGUAUUCCUCCGUCGCUCUCUCUCUCUCUCUCUCACACACACGCUCUUAUUCUCUCUCUCUCUCUCCCCCUCUCUCUUUUCCCCAAUGUAAUCACUGGCCUUCAUAGAGCAAGCAGGCUUCCUCUCCUAGAAUAUCCCCUAUACAAAUUGCACUCACGACCAUAGACACACGUAUACACACCACGAAACGCGCGCACUCACACACUCAAAAGUGCUCAAAGAGGCUCUGUCUGAAGCCCAAAGAAAUAAUUUCAAACAAAUUUUGGUACACAAGUGUUUCCAGGCCCUCGGUAUUAGCUCUUUUAACCUUAAUCUUGUCACAGAGUCCUAACACCUUUCACAGGAUCCCUUAGAAUCCCUUCAGUUCCUGUCGGACACAUGCACACCCUCACACACUGUUAACCCUGAAACUCUCACAGCACUUGAAAUGGUUUCUGAGACUUUUUAUAUGAACCCACCAUGUAACUGGAAUCUGUAAGAUCGAUGGGGCUGUGUAAUAUAAUCGGUGUAUUAAAAGCUCUGUGUUGGUAUCAGAACUGUCUGCUCUUUCUCAAACUGGUUCGACGGGCGGCUCUACGCGCGACGCCGGAUGGCGCCAACAAAGCAAAGCUGUUUAUGUGCUUUGUUUGCUUUACUUUAGCGUAAAACCUUCUCGCAGUCGUGCUUGAUCUGAGGCCCACACGUGUAAAGAAGUGUCAGAGUGAGGGAGGGAGGAAAACUGACUCUGGAUCAGCAGUUUAUCUCUUAAAAAGGGAAUUCCACAGGUUUUUCAGAAUUCGGUGUUUGGGAUGUAAACAAAAGUCGUUCAUGGUGGUUUGAGGAAAUGGUGCAUUGUAGACAAACCACUAAUAUCUUUACAGUGGUGGUGAUGCGAAUGAGGGGUCGCAAGAUUUUAUUUACUAUCCAAAACCACCAUUUGUAAUGUUGAAAAUGGUAAAAUAGUGUUAAAUCUGGAAAAAAAUAUUUCUUUUGGUGCUGUUUUGCCUCAAGAAAUGCAAAUAUGCAUGUACCACUCAAUGUAUUUUUAAGGCCAGAACCUUCUUAAAUCUAUCAUAAAACAAUGUCUCAGGCAUCUGGUGGUGCAUCGGUAAUUAUUUCAUGUAAUAAGGAAUGUAAUGAGGGAGAUUUUAGAGGCAUUAAACUCUUCAGACGUCUGGUUCCUAUCACCACCACUGUGAACAAGUCUGAAACUUAGUCUCUGUAGGACAGGGCAUUUCACAUCAAACCACCCUGAAUGGCUUUGUUUACAUAUUAACCAAUUAUGUAGAUUUUGGUGGAAUUCCCCUUCGAUGGCUUUACUCUGAAGCAUAUGAGCCGCAUCUACUUUGAACACUGCCCCCUAGUGCAUGACCAAGUAUACACCAACACCCAAAUCCCUCACAUGCACAGAGGGCUUCAUGAGCCUGCAUACAAGAUGAGAAAGUCGAACCAAGCAACUAGGCAAUCGUGUAGUCAGGGAUGGGGGGUGCUCUGGUAUCUUUUUGAGUAAGAAGUUCAGUCACUAAAGUCAGUGCAACAGUGACAUUUAGUCUAAUUCAGUAGUGUUUUCUUUCUUUUCCAAAUCGUUGACCCUGUGGUCAGCAGGACUUUUUGCAAUUACUGCGAAUUUAUCCGAUUAGUGACGCAAGCCAACUUCCUGCCUGUUUGUUUUUUUUCCAUAUUUCGCUCCAUCUCUGCUAGCGGCUCAGGAUAGAGAAGAAGUAAGCUUGGUAUCACUCGGAUAUUUUACUAUCUGUUUAUUCAAUAUUAUUAUUAUUAUUAUUAUUAUUAUUAUUAAUAAUAAUAUUAUCAUUACUAUUAUUAUGAUUUUGUAUUGUUAUUAUUAACUGACCUAAAUAGGUGGACAAAAACAAAUUCACACACACAAAUAGGCAACAAUGGGGAGAAGUGAAGCAUUCAUCAUAAUUAAUGAAACAUUUAUUACAGCACAGCAUAUACAUCGUUUGAAAAUAAAUGUAUUUCAAAGUAAUAAUGAAAAUAAAAAAAAACUUGUUGAAUAAA